AUGAGUUACCGAAGAGACAAUAGGUCGUCCAGAUCAUCACUUUUAGAUGGUCUUGAUAGUCUAGAGGAGGGUGGUUUAAGGGCUUCUUCUUCUUACUCACCUGAAAUAAAUGAGCGUGAUAAUGAUAAAGUCAUAGAUACUCUGCACGACAGAGUUUCUUUUCUAAAGCAAUUAACAGGUGAUAUACAUGAAGAGGUCGAGAGUCAUAACAGCAUGCUCGAUCGGGUGGGUAACAAAAUGGAUGGAUCAAGGGGUAUGAUGUUGGGAACCAUGGAUAGAUUCAAGAAGGUUUUUGAGAAGAAAUCGACAAGGAAAACAUGCUCACUUGUGGGAUAUUUCACAGUUGGCUUCAUAUUCAUAUACUAUCUUAUUCGGAUGCUUGGAUAUUUCACACUAGGAUGA